AUGUCAAACAACAACAAAAACUCUUCCUCAUGGUUGACCAACAACAAUAAACGACAUCAUUUUGUCCGAAUUGAUGAAUUAUUCAAUCGAUAUGAACCUCCUCAAAUUCCAACUCUCUUUCGGCCCUUUCAAUAUCCUCAACAACAACAACAGAAUUCCGGAAGAUUGAAUGAUGAUCCCAAUGAUAAAGAAUGGAAUCGUGAACGACAUGUUCCAUACACAAGUUGCCUAUUUGAGAAUAUUUGUAUCAAUCGAAGAGGAGAAUGGAUUCUUUACACCCAUUCCAAGCAUGCUCAUGCCAUGAAUCAUUCGCGUUGGGUACACACGAGUGUCUAUCCUCAAUUCUACAAGUCGUCCUCAUUGAGAAUUCGUGUGGAAAGACCUCCCACGCAAAUUCUCGACCAUCAAGGAAACGUAUUGAAAGGUACGAGUAGUCGAUUGAGUAGUAGUAAUUUGAGUAGUAGUAGUUCGAGUAAUAGUUCGAGUAGUACGAGUAGUAUUACCACCGCCACCACUCGAGACUAA